CCCUCCGCCUCCGCCCUCCUCCUCGGCCUCCAGCCGCCAGCCAACCGCGCGGCCGCUUGUUGAGCCUGGGCUCCACCGUCUCCAUGACACCGGGCAAACAUUCCGGUGCUUCAGCCCUGGCCGCUAACGCCUAGGGUUGGGGUGCAGGGGCUCCAGAAGCAGGCAGGGAAGGGGGUGGUCGAUCACUUCCCAGCCAGUAGCCACCAUGCCCAUUUCUCCGGUAGAGAGUCGCAAGCAGCCGAGCCUCGCAUUGAAUGUUGGCUCACAGCCAAAGAAGUCUAUUAGCUUUACUGGCUCAGUAAAAAGAAAUCAAUCGAAAGGGUAUGCUGGUGCAAACCAAAGCAGAAUGGGUACGUCAAGAAUCUUGACAAUUCUACCAGAGACAAAAGUAGAAAAAAUGAAUAUUUCCUCCACAAAGCUAGUCUCACAGGUGUUUGAUGCACAUGGAGUUGAUGUUACUCCUAGACCUCUUUACCAUCCAGAUCCACAUCUUGUUUCAGGAAAGCCAAAUAAACUAUUGACAUCACAAGAAGGAUCAUUUGUAUCAGAAUUCGUAGGUUCACAUACCCUUUACCAAAAUACACUAAAUCCUAGUGUGUUAGGGCUGUUUACAAGGUCAGUUUUUGGAAGCAGUACAGUUUCUAAGUCAAGUGCAUCAACUACUGAAUCGAUAGCAGAAGACCUAGAAGAAACAUCCUAUAAACGGGAAGGAUUGACUAGUUUUACAGAUUUACGAGUUAUGAGGAAAACAACUGGAAAAAUUUUAACAAAAGAAGACCUGGAGAAGAUUGUAGAAAUAAUACUCACAGAGACAGAAACACUGAGACUUUUUGACCUACCAACAGUCGUGAUUUCUGUAGAAGCUGAAGAAGCUGCAAAAGUAAUCCAGAGGAACAAGAAUUAUGAGAACCUUUGUAGAAAUAGAUUAGGCAAUGAUUUAUAUGUUGAAAGAAUGAUGCAGACUAUUAACGGAGCACCAAAGAAUAAAGAUGUCCAAUGUGACAGAAUUAUUAAGGAAGACAAAGGCAUAAUGUCUACUGCUUGGGAUUUGUAUGAUUCUUAUAAUGCUUUGGAGCUUUCAUCUGUACCAGUAAGAUACUCUACAGUUGAUUUAAGUACUAAAGCAAGCGCACCUUCUAAAGAUCAAGACCAAAGAGGACCAGGAAGUACUACAGAAAAAAAUAGUGAAGCUAGUUCUAUAAUGGAAAUAGAAAAUGUAAUUCUGGCUAAAAUGCAUGAUGAUCAAGAAGACCACUCAGAUGCAAUAUUAAAAUCUGAAAAGUUUCAGCAGGACUUAUUUUUCAUGGAACGAGUUCUCAUGGAAAAUAUAUUUCAGCCCAAACUUGCAGCUUAUCGGCAGCUUCCUAUUUUGAAAGAACCAGAACCUGAAGAGCUUGAAGACUUUUCAGAAAGUGAAAAAAUUGAAGAGAUAGAAGAAGAUUUUAAGAAGGAAGAAGAAGAAAUAGAAAUAAAUGAAGAACAAUCAAUAAUACCAGCCAAUUUGGAACGACUCUGGUCCUUUUCCUGUGACUUAACCAAAGGCCUUAAUGUGAGCAGCCUUGCCUGGAAUAAAACAAAUCCAGACCUUUUGGCUGUUGGCUAUGGUCAUUUUGGAUUUAAAGAACAAAAAAAAGGAUUGGCUUGCUGCUGGUCAAUAAAGAAUCCCAUGUGGCCAGAACGUAUUUAUCAGAGUCCAUAUGGAGUUACUGCUGUGGAUUUUUCAGUUGGAGCACCUAAUCUUCUAGCAGUUGGCUAUCACAAUGGCACCGUUGCAAUUUACAAUGUGCAGAGCAACAGCAGUGUUCCUGUCCUGGAUAGUAGUGAGUCCCCUCAGAAACACCUGGGGCCUGUGUGGCAGCUACAGUGGAUAGAACAGGACCGAGGGACGACAGGUGACGACAAGAGAGAAAUACUGGUUUCUAUAUCCGCAGACGGGAGAAUCUCCAAGUGGGUUAUACGGAAAGGACUGUACUGUCAUGAUUUGAUGCGGUUGAAGCGAACUACUUUUGGCAGCAACAAAAGAGGAGGGGAAAAGGAAAAGAAAGGUGAAGCUUUGAUAUCGCGACAGGCUCCUGGAAUGUGUUUUGCUUUUCAUCCCAAGGACACAAAUAUCUAUUUGGCUGGCACUGAAGAAGGUCAUAUCCACAAGUGCUCUUGUUCAUACAAUGAACAGUACCUAGAUACCUACAGAGGACAUAAGGGUCCAGUGUAUAAAAUAGCAUGGAAUCCAUUUUGUCAUGAUGUAUUCUUAAGCUGUUCUGCCGACUGGGGUGUUAUUAUAUGGCAACAGGAAAAUCCCAAGCCAUUUUUGAGUUUUUAUCCAACUACUCAUGUUGUUUAUGAUGUUGCCUGGUCUCCAAAAUCAUCCUAUAUAUUUGCAGCUGCGAAUGAGAGCAGAGUGGAGAUUUGGGACCUUCACACCAGCACUUUGGAUCCUCUAAUUGUGAAUGUUGCCAACCCUGGAAUCAAGUUCACAACUGUUCUCUUCGCUAAACAAACAGAUUGCCUUCUAGUGGGAGACAGUGAUGGACAGGUUGCUGUGUAUGAACUAAGAAAUAUACCCACUGCUUUGGAUUCUGGCCGGAGAGAUAUGAUAGAUACUUUGCUCGGACCCAGUUCAAACCAACAAGGAUAAUUCGUCAUUACCGAUACACCUUUUCUUGUUAUUGUUUUAAAAAAAGAAGCAGUGUUUAAUACCCAGUAGUCUGAUUUGGAUGUAAUGACCUGGAAUUUUGAUUUUAAAAACAAUGUUUAAUGUAUAGCUUCUGUUUAAAUUUAAUGUAAAUUUAAUUAACUUUUAUUUCAGAGAUCUGUGAUGAGUUUUUCUAAGCCAGUUUUAAGGGUAUUGUUGGUAUUAAUUUUUGAAUGGUACUUCUACUCUAUUUCUUGAUCAUAUCCCAAGUCACAUACAUGUCUAAGUAUAAAAUGUCUAAGUAUGUUAGAAAGUUAUUAUUCCUUAAAAGAAAAGCUUGGAAAUUAUUACAAUUACUUAAAUAAAAAUCUCUGUUAAGACAAAAUUUCAUACACUUAAAUUGAUAUGUCAAUUAUGCAGGUGUUAGUAUUUUGAGAAUAUUGGAUUCUCAUACUCAACUUUAAAUCAAAUUAUAUCCUCCUAGAUCUGAGAGCUGCAGUUAUAGAACUUCAUUAGAUUAUUGGACAAACAAAAGACAUGACAGCAAAUGUCCGAAGUGCACUGUUUGACCAGCAGGCGUGAGACUCCCAAUUCAGUGAGAAGAGUUAGUCUGGGACCUAUCAGGGAACCCCCCUCUGCACACCCAGAAUUUGCUCUGGGUUUCAAGCCCAGACUUAAGUGGGCCCAUCAAGAAAACAGAGAGUUCCUGAUCUAUACUCAUGGCUUGCAUCAGGGUGUUAUUUUAUAAUGGGUUCUAGGGCAAACUUGUGGAAAUAGAAGGAGUGGGAGUCAGUAGGCUCCUCUAAAUAUAGAUUGCCGACAGUCUGUUCCCUGCUGCUUUAACAAGUCCCGGGUUUUGUUAACCAAGGCUCUAGGACGGUAUGGCCUACAAAGUAUGUUAAGCGAAGAGGACAGGAUAAGGCAUUUAAAGCUCACUAAACUCUCAGAAAAAUGUAUAUAUU